AUGUCCGGCCCUCUCGACCGUUUCGCCAGACCCUGUUUCGAAGGCUUCUCCGGGAGCGACGAGAAGAAGGAGCGGAAAUCUGAUUUCGAGAACUCCGAGGACGAACGGAGGACCAGAAUUGGAUCUCUCAAGAAGAAGGCGUUGAAUGCGUCGUCGAAGUUUAAGCACUCACUGAAGAAGAAGAGCAGCAGGAGGAAGAGCGAUGGCCGUGUCAGCUCUGUUUCCAUUGAGGAUGUUCGGAAUUUCGAGGAGCAACAGGCCGUUGAUGCAUUUCGCCAAUCCCUGAUCAUCGAUGAAUUGCUCCCCGAGAAACACGAUGAUUACCAUGUCAUGUUAAGGUUCCUGAAAGCGAGGAAGUUUGACAUUGAAAGGGCAAAGCAUAUGUGGGCUGAUAUGCUACAGUGGAGGAAGGAGUUUGGUGCUGACACUAUUAUGGAGGAUUUUGAGUUCUUAGAAUUAAAUGAAGUUAUGAAGUAUUAUCCGCACGGCCAUCACGGUGUUGAUAGGGAGGGAAGGCCUGUUUACAUUGAGAGACUUGGGAAAGUAGAUCCGAACAAACUUAUGCAGGUUACGACCAUGGAUAGAUAUGUAAGAUACCAUGUACGGGAGUUUGAGAAAGCUUUCAAGAUAAAGUUUCCUGCUUGCACAAUUGCCGCCAAAAGGCACAUUGACUCAAGCACCACGAUAUUAGAUGUUCAAGGCGUGGGUCUUAAGAACUUUACAAAGUCUGCCCGGGAACUGAUUAUGCGUUUACAGAAGAUUGAUGGUGACAAUUACCCUGAGACUCUUUGCCAAAUGUUUAUCAUAAAUGCUGGCCCUGGAUUUAGGUUACUGUGGAACACAGUCAAGUCUUUCCUUGAUCCCAAAACAACUUCAAAGAUCCAUGUUCUUGGAAAUAAGUACCAAAGCAAAUUACUUGAAGUAAUCGAUGGCAGUGAGUUGCCAGAAUUUCUGGGAGGUACCUGUACAUGUGCAGAUCAGGGUGGUUGCCUCAGAUCUGACAAAGGUCCCUGGAAAAACCCUGAAAUUUUGAAGAUGAUUCUCAGUGGUGAAGCACGAAGAGCAAGGCCGGUGGUAAAAGUUCUUAACAGCGACGGGAAGGUUAUUGCAUAUGCCAGACCACAAUACCCAAUGGUAAAAGGUAGUGACACUUCCACAGCUGAAUCAGGAUCUGAAGCUGAAGAUAUUGCCUCUCCUAAAGCAAUGAAGAGCUACUCUCACCUGAGGUUGACACCUGUUCGCGAGGAAGCUAAGGUAGUUGGAAAGUCAAGCUAUGUUGGUGGUGGUAACUUGGCUGGGUACGAUGAAUAUGUUCCAAUGGUGGACAAAGCUGUUGAUGCUGGCUGGAAGAAGCAAGCAUCACUCCAGAGGGCUCAAACUUCAAAAGGAGCACCUUCCCUCCCUGAACCUCCAAAACCUCCAGAAGGAAUUAGAGCUCGGAUUGUGGUAGCUUUAACUGUUUUCUUGAUGAUGCUGUUUACUCUCUUCCGCACAGUCGCAACAUGUGUGACCAAGAGGCUUCCUGCCGCCUCAUCUAAUGAGGAUCAGUGCACUUUAGAGCCACCCGUUGAUGGAACAAAUGAAGUCAAUAGUACUCCAUCAUCAAAUCCAGAAGACACAGAGGCAAAUCUCCUUUCCUCAAUGAUGAAAAGAUUAGGUGAACUUGAAGAGAAGGUUGACACACUCCAAUCUAAGCCAUCUGAGAUGCCUUAUGAGAAAGUGGAAUUGCUAAAUGCUGCUGUUUGUCGGGUGGAUGCUUUGGAAGCAGAGCUAAUUGCAACUAAAAAGGCUCUGUAUGAAGCAUUAAUGAGGCAAGAAGAGCUGCUUGCUUACAUUGAUAGUCAAGAAAAACCUAAGUUGCGGAAGAAGUUUUGCUGGUGA